AUGUGCAACAAUUUAGAAGAAAAAUCUAAUUACUGCGGUCCUUAUACGUUGAACGAUGUUACGUCGAUCAAACAAUUUGCCCAGGACUACGCAAAUGAAAUUAGCUUGUAUAUGGAUGAUUUUGUUUAUACAAAAGAGGUUCAUCAGAGCCCAUCGUUAAAAAUGUUAGUCUCAUUCGCUGAGAAGGAGUUCCACAGAGAAUUCUCCAAGCCACCAACAUACGCCGUUUAUGCACCGGGCUGUGUUAAUUUAUGUGGCGAAAGCGAAGAUUUUAACGAUGGAAAAAUUCUAUCUAUGGCCACUCAGCUUGUAACUGUGAUAGUCGGGACUCGAAGGGCUACGAGUAGGGUGUGCAAAAUAAAAACAUUGUUAAGAGAAAAAGGUGAAGAAAAUUAUGCCAAAUUUUCUAUAAACACAAGCGGUCUUGAUACAAGUAGUCAAGUUACAUGGGUGAAUUACGUAAAAGCUGUUAUACGCAAUUUCAGAGUUUCCAAAGAAUAUAUUCCUGGAUUUAAAGCACUGAUAGUAUCCAGCAUACCAAUAAAACGUGGGCUAGGGAGCAGUUCAGCCUUAAUAGUUGCUAUGUACACGUUGCUAGAAGCGAUUACCAAAGUGUACACGACGAACACAUUAGAGAAAUCAAUCGCAUGCCAACAGGCAGAAAAAAUCGCUAUGUCGGUUUCUUGCGGUAUUUGGAAAACUUUGCUCCCUAUUGUCGGUAUCGAAGGAAAAAUAAUGGAAUUUGACUCAAGAUUGCUUGAAAUCCAAGAGCACGUUUGGAGCCCAUUGGAUAUCGAUUUGAUUUUCAUAAAUUCCACUGAGGAUGCUAUUGACACCUUGGUAUAUCAGAAGUAUUUGAAUCAGUGUAGAGAAGUUGCCUUUGCACUAAAUCUAAUAAGCCUGAGGGAUGCCACUAUCCCUAAGCUUGCAACAGUCGGACAACUAUUCUCAUCUUCAUCGCUAAAAGCGGCAUGCCACGUUAUUAAUGAAACUGAUAGAGUGACCACAGCAGGGCAACUAAUCGACCAUUGCCAUUGGAAAAAACUAGGUUUCGUAAUCAGCUUAUAA